AUGACUGCGCCCACACGCCUGUACGUCGGCCGCCUGGCCCCCAGCACAACACGCGACGAUGUUUCGGACCUAUUCAAGAAUGUCGGACGCCUCGUGGAUGUGCGCGUCCUGAACGGCUUUGGCUUUGUCGAGUUUGAGGACUCGCGCGAUGCCGACUAUGCCGUGCGCGACUAUGACGGCACCAUGUUCAUGGGCGACCGCAUCAUUGUGCAGCCGGCCAAGCAGCCUGCGCGUCGCGACCGCGACCGCGAUGGGUACGGCCGCGGCCGCGACCGCGACGGGUACGGGCCGCCGCGCGACCGCUACCGCGAUGAGCCUCCGCGCGACCGCUACCGCGACGAGCGCCGCCGCGGCCCGCGUCGUGGCCAGUACCGGAUCAUUGUGUUCAACCUGCCGCCCGGCACGAGCUGGCAGGACCUGAAGGAUGUCGGGCGCGAGCACGGCCAUGUGACGUUCUCGGACAUCAACCCGUACCGGUCGGACGAGGGCGCCCUGGAGUUCGAGACGCGUGAGGACUACGAACGUGCGCUGGCACGCAUUGAAGGCACCGAGCUGCGUGGCAACCGCCUCCGGGCCGAGCCCGACGGUGAGCUGCCGCCGCCCGAGCCGUCCUCGUACGACCGCCGCGACCGCAGCCCUGAGGCGCGCGACCGCGACUCGUACGCGCGCGACCGCUACCGCGACGAGCGCCCGCCGCCGCCGAUGCGCGGUGACGACCGCUACGAGGACGAGCGCCCUCCGCCGCCGAUGCGCGGUGACGACCGCUACGAGGACGAGCCGCGCCGCGACGAGCCUCCGGCGCAAGAGCCGGAGCGCGAGCCUGCGCAGGAGCCUGCGCCGGAGCCCGCGCAGGAGCCCGAGUCUGCACCGGCGCAAGAGCCCGCGCCGGCGGACGCGGCCUAA